UAAUUAAGCUGCCACCUCCUCCUUGGCCGGCCCUCCAUUUCCAGGCCCCACUCUGCAGCCUCCUUUACCGUCCGCCGAGCGGUAGGCACCAGUGGGUACUGACCCCCAGCACCCUGCCAGCGCCACCAGCCUCCUGCUCAGCACCCGGGUGCAGCCCACUCCAUGGCCCCCGAGAUGGACCAGUUCUACAGGUCUACCAUGGCCAUCUACAAGAGCAUCAUGGAGCAGUUUAAUCCCGCCCUGGAGAACCUGGUGUACCUGGGGAACAACUACCUCCGGGCCUUCCAUGCUCUGUCCGAGGCGGCCGAGGUAUACUUCAGUGCCAUCCAGAAGAUUGGGGAGCAGGCCCUGCAGAGUUCCACCUCACAGAUUCUGGGUGAAAUCUUGGUGCAGAUGUCAGAUACCCAGCGGCAUUUGAACUCUGACCUGGAGGUGGUGGUGCAGACAUUCCACGGAGACCUGCUGCAGCACAUGGAGAAGAACACCAAGCUGGACAUGCAGUUCAUCAAAGACAGCCGCCAGCACUAUGAGAUCGAGUACCGCCACCGAGCCGCCAACCUGGAGAAGCGCAUGUCUGAUCUGUGGCGCAUGGAGCGAAAGCGGGACAAGAAUGUGCGGGAGAUGAAGGAGAGCGUGAACCGGCUGCAUGCGCAGAUGCAGACCUUCGUGUCGGAGAGUCAGAGGGCCGCCGAACUGGAAGAGAAGCGGCGCUAUCGUUUCCUGGCCGAGAAGCACCUGCUACUUUCCAAUACCUUCCUACAGUUUUUUGGCCGGGCUCGGGGGGUACUCCAGAACCGCGUGUUGCUGUGGAAGGAGCAGUCGGAGGCCAGCCGCAGCCCGUCGCGCGCCCAUUCCCCCGGCCUGCUGGGCUCGGUGCUGGGGCCGCCCUACCCCUCGGGCCGCCUGACGCCCACCCGCUUGGACAUGCCCCAGAGGCCUCUGGGAGAGUUCAGCUCCCCUCGCAGCCGGCACGGCUCCGGCUCCUACGGCCCCGAGCCCACCGAGGCGAGGUCCGCGUCCCAGCUGGAGCCAGAGCGCCGGUCCCUGCCCCGGACGCCGUCUGCCUCCUCGCUCUACACCGGCAGCACCCAGCGCUCGCGCUCCAACUCCUUCGGCGAGCGCCCGGGCGGCUCGGGCGGCGGGGGCAGCGGCAGCGGGGGCGCCAGGAGAGUCCGUGCCCUCGUCUCCCACUCGGAGGGCGCCAACCACACGCUGCUGCGCUUCUCGGCCGGAGACGUCGUGGAGGUGCUGGUGCCAGAGGCCCAGAACGGCUGGCUCUAUGGCAAACUGGAGGGCUCCUCCACGAGUGGCUGGUUCCCCGAGGCCUACGUGAAGCCACUGGAGGAGGUGCCCAUGAACCCCAAGAACGCCUUGAACCCGGUGACCUCCAUGAACCCCUUGAACCCAGUGACCUCCAUGAACCCCUUGAACCCGGUGACCUCCAUGAACCCCUUGAACCCUAUGACCUCCAUGAACGCCUUGAACCCAGUGACCUCCAUGAACCCAAUGAGCCCUAUGAAUGAGCUACCUUCCAGGUCCUACCCGCUCCGGGGCAGCCACAGCCUAGAUGACCUCCUGGAACGGCCAGGCAACUUCGCAGCGUCUGUAGAGUACUGGGACAACACGCCCAUCUCCCAAAUCCAGAGCCGGGGCCCAAGCCGCGCCCCCAGCCCCACACCUACACCCGGCAGUCGCCGAAGUAGCAUGGGCAGCACGGGGGUAGCCAGUGACGUCAAGGUGAGCCCCCCUCCCCCCAGUCUGUCCUCAACCCGGGGGUUGUCCAGUGGGCAGGGAGACCAGAGACCAGGUAACCCUCCCUGCUUUGCCACGAAGUCUAGCAGUGGACCCUCCCACCCCAGCCUCAGUCUGUGCACGGAGGGGUGGGAUGGCCUUCUGAGUCUGGGGUGGAGGUGUGGGGGGGGUGGGGGAAGCAUUUGUCUCAGGGACUGGUGUCUUGCUGGUAGCACCAGAAAAGGCCUGUCCUCCCCGCCUCCCCAGGGGAGGCCAGACCAAGGUCCUGGGUUAGAGCCUGGGGUGGGCAGGCUGGGGGAGAGGGGAGACACCUCCCCAUACAGUCACCCCCGUCUUGUCUUGGGGGGCGGUGUUUAGCCCUGGAGAUGGUACUCUGGCCCAGAGGCUUUUCACGUGUGAACCUGCAGAAUGCCAGGGCUGCACCUGCCAGGAGCCUAGCACAGCAGGACCUCUGGUCCAGGCCCCUGCCCUUCUAGAUGGGGGCGGGCGGGGCAGGGGCUUGCUUGCUCGCCCCAAAACCUGGCCCUUCCU